UCCACACACCGGCUGACUUCCGGCUCCCAGAAAGUCCCUCUUCUGCAGCCAUGGAAAAGUACUUCUCCGCCAUCCACAAGAUGGAGCAGACGGUGAUGUUCCCCAGCCUCCUCCGCGGGGUCUCCUUCGAAGAGCAAGAGGAUGGCAUUGGGGCGGACUUGGCUGACAAAGACUUGUUUGAACAUUUUAUGCUGCUGAAAUCUGGCAAGGGAUUUUGGGAAAGUGGGCUCCUGCCUCUGGGAAAAGAGAAGCCACAUGUUAUUCCCGAAGUGAAGGAGGAGAACGUGGAGAAGGACAGCCUGGAAGACAUCUUGUACUACCACUUGUCCAGUUUGUACCGCGUCCUCCAUCACUUGACCCAGAGAGCCAACACGGUCACCUGCAAAUACAAUGAAAUUAUGGGACGGAUCAACCAGAGCUGAGGUGCUGAGCAACACACACUAGGAAACAGCCAGAGGUAAGAUGUUUCCUUUUAUACAUUGGGGAGGGUUCUUUUCUUGAGGUUGGGGCCUUUAAUUUUAUUUUUCUGCUGAGGGAUGAUUCUCAGGGUUAGGAUCACAUCACUGCAGUGGGCAUGGCCAACGUUUAUCGCCUAAUGUUUUCCAGGAGGUGAGAGUUAAGAGUUGAAAUGGAUGCCCAAGACUUAAAGCCUCCCAUUUUAUCUCUUAAAUCACCCCAUAUAGAAAAAUCAGCUUGAUUUGACAGGUUAGGGCAGUGUUUUUCAACCU